GGAUAGGCUGACUAAUAAUGUGCCAAUGCAUGACCAUGGUUCUAAAAUUCAUUUGAAGUGCAAAUGUCAAUGAAUAUUAACUAUCUUGUUUAAUACAAUAAGAGAAUAAAGUGUUGUAUGCGUUUGUAUGUGUAUAAAAGCCGGUAAAAAAAACAAGUUGGCGUUUGUUGAUAACUAACUAACUACCUAUCCGUUUUGUCUCAUCAAGGUAUCAUCAGUUCAGACCAACUACAUAUUAUUAUUAUUAUUAUGAACAAAUGAAUAUAGAAUUGUGUAUUAUUCACAUAAACUUUAUUUAGGAUUGGUUACUUAUGCCACAAGGUCAUUGUAACUAACUACGUACACAUAACUGUUACUCUAUCUAUUGCUUAAAGUAACCAUUACCUGGGUUGUUGUGUGGGUGUUUUAACUAUUGGGACACAUGUUCUGACUAAUAACAUUAAUAUGGGAUCUAUUGAUGUGUUUUUUUUGAUUGUGUAAACAAGUAUAUAUACGUGUUGUGUGUGCAGGUUGUUGUUGUUGGUACCAUAGAAACAAACGAAAGAUUUAGAAUACAGAAAUAACCAAGACAGCAAAAAGUAGUGUGCGUAUGUAUGUGUGUGUGCGACAGCGAGAGAGAGAGAGAAAGAGAACAACUACUGUGCGUUUGUGUAACAACAUAUGGGCAUGACAACACACCAUUAUGAUAGUAGUAAUAACCUGUAACUAUUACAUUUAAAUGGUAACACACAAUACAAAUUACAAGUUAAUAGCUACCUUUUUUUCUAGUGAGAUUGCCAACACUCAAUUACAUAUUUAUAUAUCUCUCUCUCUCUCUUUCAAUAUCUAUAUAUAAAGAAGAGUGUAAAAGAAAAACCACACAUUUAUAGAACAGUAACUUUUCAUUAGUAAUAUAUUAAUAAAGAAAGAAAUAAAUCUAUUUACUCUCUAUAGUUGGAUUAUAAUAUCAAUUCAUCUAGGUAAAGUUAUAAAACGGGCAAAUAAAAAUUAAACCGUGGAAACAAGGAUUACGUAAUCGAAGAAAAAGAACGUUGAACCAUUUCAGUAUACUCACUCAUCUUCUUUCUGUCUCUCUGGGUGUAUGUGUGUGUGUGUGUGCGUCUAUGUUGAUAUAGAAACAUAAUUGUGUGGUUGAUUUCAUUGAAAAUAAAAUUAUUAAUCAACUAAUAAAGUGAACAAAUGAAUUCUUUCAUUAAAGUUUUAUAUUCAUUUUCAUUAUGGAAUUAUAUAAUACUAUUAUUAGUAAUAUUGAACAUCUCAGGAAAUCAUGCAACAUUUGCCAACAAUUUGCUUAAUGACAAGAUACGAUUAGUUGACGGAAAUCAAUUGGCGCAUGUUCUAUUAAAUACGAAUAAUUUACAAAAUCAUUAUCAUCAACUCAUAGCUAAAUCUGUGAUUGGUUCACCCUACUUAAAUAUUGAUCCUAAUGGAUUACCGACAAGUAUUCAAUUUCCAGCUGAACCAGUCAGUGGAUUGUUUUUAACUCCUGCCAUAUUGGAACAAACGAAUAAUUUAUUGGAUCAGUUCAAUACAUUUGGUUGUCCAUGGAAUUUAACAGCAUGUGUUUCAGGUGAAUUUACUAUUCGAUUUGGUUUAUUACCUGAACAAACAACACCAAAUUCUAAAACUCAUAUCCUUAGCUUUAUAGCUUCAUAUUUUACUAAUCAAGAAAAACUACCAUGGUUACUUGAAUUUUAUAUUUUCACUGAUAAUUUAUUGAUUAUUAAUUGGAAUCAAUUAUCCAAUAAAUCAAUAUCCAAUAUUAUUAUUCCAUUAACAAUAAAUCAAUGGAAUAUUAUAGAAACAACAAUUAAUUUAAAAACUAAUCAUCUCAUUGUCAAGAAUAAUAACCAACAAUAUAAAUCUAAUAAUAUUUCCAAUGAUAAUCAUGAAUAUCCAUGGUUACCAAUGGUUACUAUGCAUAAAAUGGAAUCAUUCAAACAAUUUAUUGGUUUAUUAUUUGGACAUGCAACCCAGUUACAAAUGAAUACGAAUCAAUCAAUUAUUAAUUUUGCUCUAAAUCAUUUCUAUAUUGAAUCAUCUGAUAUAGUGAAAUAUCGUAAACCAAAAGAUUUAAUGAAUGUAUUAGAUCAAAUACCAACUAAUCCAAUUAAAUAUAUAUCAUCAGUGAAUUUCCCUGAAGGAAGUUUUGUACGCUAUGAUUUUAUGAAUCGUUUACAAAGAACUGUUGAAGAAGAAGUAUUGACCAUUAAUUUCACAUUACCAUUUGGUGUUACAUCGGGUUUAUUAUGGUUUAGUGAAAGUGAUCAAUCAAAAAGUUAUGUAUAUAUAAAGAAUUCAUUACUCUAUUAUAUAUAUGCAAUUACUGAUCAAACUGGUAAAGCACAACGUACAGUAACUGAAGAGAUAUUUCUAAAUUCAUCAUUAAUUCCAGAAAAACCGCAAGUUUUACAACUUAUUCGAGAUCGAGAUAAUUUGACAAUUACACUUGAUCAUCGUAGCCAAGCAAGUAGAUCAAUCGCUGGUCGAGCACCUUUAGUGUCGACUGAUGGAAAAGUUUAUCUUGGUGGGUCAGUUGAUCCAAUCAAAGAUACUGAAGGCAAAGUCGAUAGAACUUUUGAAGGACGUAUUACAAAGGCUGAAAUUACAAGAAAAGGUGAUAAAGAUGUUAAUCUUUUAAAUGUAUUAAUUGAUCCUAAUUGGAAAGAUUCUAUUCAACCAACUGGUAUUACAGAUGUUAGAUUUCGUUUACCUAAAGCUCAACUUAUUAUUGGACCAACUUCAUCAAAUAAACGUUUUACAUCAUUAGAAUCAGAAUUUUCACGUAUACCAGUACCGAUUACAUUUAUGGGUACAGAUGAUUCAAUUGUACGAUUUGAUACAUGGAAUUUUGAAUUAUAUAGAUCAUUUGAAAUUAAAUUUUCUACUUAUGAACCAAAUGGAAUAUUAUUCUUUGUUGGACCUGAUCAAGAACAUAGAGAUUUUGUUUGUGUAGAAUUAUUCGAUGGAAAUGUAUAUUUUGUUUAUGCAGUUGGUGGACAUUAUAAACAUAUUCGAUUGAAUCCACCAAAAACAGUUGUGAAUGAUGCAGGUAUAUAUAGUGUAUAUGUAUCACGUAAUGCACAGCAUAGAUUUACUGUAAAAUUCAAUAAUCAAUUAGUCGAUGUUGAAGAGGGUAAGGAAGCGCAUCAAGCUGCAUUUGCUACAUAUACUUAUAUUGGAAGUAUUGAUAAUGUGGGUCGUUUACCAUGGCAUGUUUGGUCACGUGAAAAUUUUGCCGGUUGUAUUCAUUCAAUAUUAGUAAAUGAAAAUAGUUAUUUAGAUGUUUCAUCUCGAAUGAUUCAACAUACUGAUAUUGGCAAAGGAAUUCGUUUAGGACAAUGUGAAGUACCGAAACAACGUUGUAAUGAAAAAAUCUGUGGUGGUGGACGAUGUUCCAGGCGUUCAUAUCCAUUUUUAGAAGAAUCAAAUUAUGCUUGUGAUUGCAGUGAAUCAGAUAAAACAUUUCCAGAGAAAACUAUGGAUAUUCGACGAUCUGUCGGAUGUCAUCGAGAUGCUCCAAUACUUGAAAUGGAUGGUGAUAUGGUAUAUGUAGUUGAUUUUGAAGAACAGAUCAAUAAAUUAAUUACACAUACAGAUGAUAUUAGUUUACAAUUUAAAACAGAAACUAAUCUUUAUGGACAAACGGAUCAUUUACCAUUAUUCUAUUCAGUAUCUCGGGCUGAUAGAUCAUAUUUUCGUGUAGAUUUAGUUAAUGGACAAAUACGUGUUCAAACCAAUAUUAAUCAUAAAGGCAAAUCAAAUGCAUUCGAGGAAUUCUUUCUUCCAAGUGAUACAUUAAAUGAUAAUCGUUGGCAUACAUUACAUAUUGCACGUCGUGCUGAUUAUAUUGUCAUCUCUGUUGAUAGAGCUUCAAUAACUGGGAAAAUUCCUCUCCUUGAUCCUCAUGAUACAUUUCAAUUAAUAGCUCAACAAAUUUAUUUAGGUAGUGCUGGUCCACCAAAUUUUGGUUAUUAUCAAGAUAUUGAGACAAAGAAAAUUAUGUUACCACCUGGACCAAAAUUUAUUGGUGAAUUUAGAAAUUUUUAUUGGAAUCAAUAUGAUUUAAUUGGUACUAAAUUAUUUCCAACUAAAUAUAUUACACAUUUAUUAAAUCCACCACCAAUUCGACAUAAAUUUCCUAUAUGGCCAAGACAACAAACUUAUUCAAUUACAUGUAAAUCUGGUUUAAUUUAUGCUCAUAUGAAUAAACCAAUUACAAUGAAAAAUGGUGGUGAUACAUGGUUAAUUGAAUUUAAAACCAAUUAUGAUGGUGUAUUAUUUCGAGCUCGUGAUAUCAAUAAUCCUAGUGGAAUACAUAUUACAGCUAUGAUUCUUAAUGGUCGUAUACAUAUUGUCUAUUCAAUUCAUGAUCAAAAAGGUGUUUAUCAAAUUACUUCUGGUCCAGGUGCUGAUAAUGUUGCUGAUGGUAAUUGGCAUCGUCUUGCAAUAACUCUACGAAAAUAUAAUAAAGAAAUUCUAGCCUAUCUAGAUGGUUAUUCAAAUGAGUAUCUAGUUGGUAAAGAUGUUCGUGUGGAUUUAUUAUCACAAUUCGAUAUAUUUUUUGGUGGUAUACCAGAACAUGAAUGGUUAACAUUACUUAAUUUAUUACGUCGUUAUGCAAUGAAUUCAUUAGAACAAAGUGAAGCAAAAGAUGGUCAACAACCAUCAUUAACCGGUUGUAUUGGAUCAUUUAAUAUAAGAGCAAAUAAUUUCACUGAUAAUUUAUUAAAAUUAUAUGAUAGUUAUUUAACUGCUUAUCCAGCUAAUGAAUUAAUAAGAGGCUAUUGUAUGGAUUUAAAACGAUGUACACCAUCUUAUUGUCAUCAUGGUGGAUUAUGUCGACAAAUAUCGGAUAAUGAAGUUCAAUGUAUAUGCAGUGGAACUGGUCAUGAAGGACCUAGAUGCUCAAAUCCAAUAAUUGAAUGUCCAUCAGGUUAUUGUAAAAAUAAUGGACGAUGUAAAAUAGUUAAUGGUCAACCAAUAUGUGAUUGUUCUAAUACAGGUUAUACUGGAACAAUGUGUGAAAUUAGUCCAUGUAGUAGUGGAACAUAUUGUCAUAAUAAUGGACGGUGUUAUAUGAUUGGUUCAGUUGCUGCAUGUGAUUGUAAAGGGACUGGUUUUACUGGACCAAGAUGUCUUGAAUCGAUUUGUACUCCAGGUUAUUGUGGCUAUGGAGGAGUAUGCACAGUAGAUCCACUUACACAAAAACCAGUAUGUAAUUGUCGUGGAACCGGUUACACUGGAACACGUUGUGAAACUCGUAUAUGUUCUGUUAAUUAUUGUGAAAAUUAUGGUGAAUGUAAAGUAGGUCAUGAUGAUCGUCCAACAUGUGAUUGUUCCAGAACUAAUUAUGCUGGACCUACAUGUAAUAUACCAUUAUGUCCACCAAAUUAUUGUACUGGACAUGGUAUUUGUGUUGUGCGUCAAAGAAAUCCUACAUGUGAUUGCUAUCCAGGAUAUAGAGGACCACGAUGUGAAAUUGAAGUAUGUCCAUCGGAUUACUGUAUGAAUGGUGGUACAUGUUAUCCUGGUCCAGAUCAUAAACCACAUUGUACAUGUCCAGCGAAUUUCGAAGGGGAACAAUGUGAAAUGAGAAAAUUAUGCCCACCAGAUUAUUGUUUACAUGGUGGAAGAUGUACCAUGAAUAGAGGUAUACCAAAGUGUGAUUGUUUAGGCACCGAUUAUAAAGGUACACAAUGCGAAAUACCUGAAACUUGUCCAAUUGGUUAUUGUCAAAAUAAUGGUGUUUGUUCAGUGAAAAGUGGUAGUUAUGUAUGUGACUGUACUGGGACAGGAUAUCGUGGACGAACAUGUACAGAGCCUAUAACAUGUCCACCAAAUUAUUGUAAUAAUGGUGGUAUUUGUUCAGUUCUACCUGGAAAUGUUUAUCGAUGUGACUGUUCAAUGACAGCAAGAACUGGACCGCAAUGUGAUUCCAGUGCUCAUGGUAUUCAUAUUGGAUAUGAAAGAGAUGGUUAUCUUAUUUAUAAUUUAAUACCAUCUAUACGUACAAUUGAUGAUAAUGUAACAUUUGGUUUUAAAACUUAUAUGAAUUCUGGUACAUUAGUUACAUUUUUAACAACCGAUGGAAAAUAUUGGGCUAUUAAAUUACGUGAUGGUCGUGUCAUUGUUGAUACAGGUGGGAAAAUUACACAUGAUUUCGGUAUGCGUUCAAAUGAUGGAAAUUAUCAUAUUAUAAAUAUUGAACGUAAAGGACGAACAAUGAUUGUUACACAAGAUGGUGAAGUACUAAGAUUAUCAUUACAAGAUUUAGUCAAUCCAUAUGAUAAUAGUCUUACUUACAAUGCUAUUCAUUUAGCUGUAGAUGAGAAAAAAUCUGAUAUAUUCCGUGGAGUAAUCGGAGGAUUACAUUGGAAUGGAAGAUAUCCAAUUGAUGAUUUAAAUGCACGUAUAGUUACAUCAACUGGUACAGUGACAAUUGUACCAACACCAGGUUUUCAAAUACGUCCACCAAGACCACAACCUGAAUGUAUAUCUGAUUAUUGUUCAAAUGGUGGUCGAUGUUAUGCAGAAAAUUAUCAACGAAAAUGUGAUUGUCGAUAUACAGCGUAUAAUGGAGCAAGAUGUGAAAGACAAUCUCGUGGUUUUAUGCCACAGAUACCAGAUAAUGGAGCUUUUGUAAUUUAUCAAAUUCAACCAUUAAAUCGAACAAAUCGUGAUCAAUUAAGAGUUGCUUUUCAAACAUGGUAUAAUGAUGGUCCAAUUGUACGUGUUGUACAAACAGAUGGUUCAUAUUAUGAAGUUUAUUUACGUGAUGGAAAACUAUACGCCGAUAUCAACGGUGCUGAAUUCACUCUUAGUAAACCAUCACAAAUAUUUAAUGAUGGUCGUAUGCAUGUGAUUACAAUGGAUCGAGAUAAAGCACGAUUCAAUUUCACUAUAGAUGGACAUCAUACAUCACAUUAUGUGCCUGGUAUUGUCUCUGUGGACGGUUCAUUAAUAUCACAGGAGAUAAUUCUUGGAGCUGAUCGGACUUAUCAAAAUACUUUCAAAGGUGUAAUUGGUGCUUUCUACUGGAACGGACAAUAUUUAAUUAACCAAGUUGGUUCACUUGUCUCCAAUACUAAAGUCAUGGUGGCCCCAGGUAGAAAUGUUGCUAAAAAUAUGGAUGAAAUAGUUGUGGUGCUUAUGCCCGAAUUAUUAAAACCAAUUAAACCAAGCAUACCUGAUAAUAAACCAUUACCGGAAGUUCUACCAGAUGGUAUAAUAGCAGGUGGUGUUGUUAUGCCUGGUUUAGGUAGUAGAAAUGAAGAUCAUGGAGGUAUAAUUCAUAUAUCUGAUGGUAAUAUCUAUGGUGCUGGUGCAACUGGAAUCAAUGCCGGUACUGGAUUGAUUCUUUCUCAAGCUGGUGGAUUAUUUGGUUUAGGCGGUGCUAUGAUUGAUGGUCUAUUAGCUGGAUUACUAUUAGCUUUGUUAUUAUUAAUUUCUGCUUUAAUAUGGGCAUGUUGGAGAUGUAAACCUGGAUGUUGUGGUUGGUGUACUGGUAAAUCGAGCGGAUUAGCUGGACGUAGUGCAUGGAGUCGAUUAGCUGCGAUAUGUUGUGCUGCUCCUGAAAGCGCUAUUAUUGUUAAAGAAAAGAAACAUUUACUGAGUGAUAAUGGCAACAUAGGCAUAGUAGAUGGAGCAGCGACUGGUGGUAUGACUGCAACAAGUCUACAAUCAUUACAAACUCAAUCACGUAUAGUUAAAGCGCCUCUAUCGGUAACCAGCUAUCCUAUAGGACAUAAUCAUAGAUUAGAUCUGACAGAUCAAAUUGGAGCAUCAGGUAUUUCCACUAUACGUAUUGAUCAACCAGUAAUGGAUGAUUUAAGCGCACGUCAAAAUGUCUACAAUAUGGAAGGUAUGAAAGUUGACUGUGUUGUCAUUACUAAGAAUAGUAAAUAUGUUGUAACUGGAUCUGGAAUGGGACCACCACAAGUAUGGGAUACUCAGUCUGGUGAUUUAUGCAAAAUUAUGGAUGGUCAAGAAUUCGGUUGUACAGAUCUACAUUUAGCUUGUGAUGAUUCUGUUCUAGUCGCUCAAGUAUUAGAUGAUAUCACUGGAUUGGAUACAUUAAAUGAACCAAGUGAAAUUCGUGUAAAACGUCUACAGUUAUGGGAUUUUGCUACAGGUCGACAACUUGAAAUGCCAAUUGAAAUUAUGUGUACAGCUACUUGUAUUACACGAUCCAGUGAAUAUGUUAUCAUUGCACAAGUUACACAAGAAGGACCAGCUAUAUUAGUAUGGAAUUUAACUGGUAAUCAAUCAGAUCAUAUUAUUCCAUAUCAUCCAGUGAAUCCAUUAUUAAAAGAUUCUAUUUCCUAUUUGAAUAUUUCAUUGGAUGAUCGUUUAGUUGUUGCUGGAUUAAAUAAUCCAACUGAUGAAUUAGCUUACUUUAUGGUGUUUGAUUUAACUGCUAGUUAUGUGGGUAUACAUCAACCGAAAUUUAUCACAUUUAAUGCUAAAGCUGAAGCUACUGAAAUCAUUGGAAAUGAUGAAGCUGUGACAGGUACACGUCGAGGUGAAUUAUUUGUAUGGAAUUUAUUAACUGGACGAGUUAUGCGUCAAAUACAAAUUAGUGCAACAUUAGAAGGUGGUAAUUUAACUAUGUUACCACCACAUAGUGAAACAAUACAUUGUGUUAAAUUAUCUACAGAUGGACAUUAUUUAGUAACUGGAUCACAAGAUCAAACAGCUAGAAUAUGGACAAUGCCAGAUGAACGUUUAUUGCAUACAUUAGAAGGACAUGCUGAUGAUGUUCUUAGUGUAGCCAUUUCAUUAGAUUCAGAAGUUGUUGUCACUGGUAGUUGGGAUGGUUCAAUACGUGUAUGGCGUGUACGUGAUGGUAAUCAAAUGUGUUGGUUCACAUCAAAUAUUGAAAUAUUACAAGUCAAAAUAAGUAAUGAUAAACGUGCAUUAGUUGCAUUAGGUGAAAGAAGUGGACAUCGUAAAUUAAUUAUGUUACAAGUAUUACGUAAUCGUACAAGAACAACAACUAAUUUACGUACAGCUGGUUCACGUAUCAAUUCAUCAUUAUCACCUCCAACACCAGGUUAUUCACCAUCAUCUCCUGUUAUUAUGGCAUAGAAACAAUAAGAAUAAGAAAAAAGAAACAAAGAGAAGAAAAUAGUUGUCUACUGAUUAUUAUUAUCAUCAUCAUAGUUAUCCAAUAUUAAUCUGAAUGGAAUCGUUUCAUCCAUAUUCUUCUUCUUCUUCUUUUUCUUCUUUAUUUUUUUCAUUGUCAACAUGAAUGCUUACACUAUUACAUCAUCAUCAUCAUCAUCAUUAUCAUGAUCGAUCUCAAGUCAUUUAGGAGUUAUGAAAUUAUUAUUAUUAUAACUAUUAUUAUUAUUACUAUGAGUACUAUUAGUAGUAUUUAUAAUGUUCAAUAAUACCGAGGUUGAUAAACAAACAAGACAAUGUCACUCUAUUUUCCUUACAUCAUAUCUAUCUAUCUAUCUAUCAAUCUAUCUAUAUAUGUAUUCAACUCCAAGAGCACAGUUUAUAAAGACACUAAGAAUAGUUAUAAUGAAAUUACACAUACAUUUCUUUGUUAUUGUUAUUGUUGUUGUUGUUGUUUUAAAACAAUCGGUUUCAAUAUCCAAUCACCAAUUGAACCAUUUAUUUAUUCAAUCAAUCAAUAGAUCGAUCAAUCAAUCAAUCAAUAAUCACUGUUAUUUCGAUCAAAUACGGAAACCAAAUUGAUCGAAAUGAUUUUUUUUGUCGUUGUUGCUAAGACAGGAUUUUCUACCCAACAAAGUCUAUUCUUCUAAAAAAAAUAAUAAAAUAAUCGAUAAAUGUCUACCAAUAUACAUAUGAAUACAUAAAAUGCAUUUAAUAAAACAUUAUUUUAUUCAGUGCUAAUUUCCUUCUAAACAGCACUCUACUCCACUCCACCCUAUCCCUCACAUAUACAUACACACACACGCGCACGCACGCAGUUUAGUUGUUCUAUUUUUGUUCUCUUUUAAGUUUUGUCUUUAUUUUCUUCGUCUUCUUCAGUUUGAUAUAUUCUAUAUAAUGAGAAUAAAUAAUGGAAAUUUUUAUUUAGGGAUAAAAGAAAACAGGUUGUAUUCAAUGUUCACUUUAAUUAUUUUCUUAACUUUUGUUGCUAAGUAGUAAAAGUAACAACAGAUUAAUUAUUCUUUCAUAUACAGAUAUCUUCAUUUGUAUAUGAGAAUAAUAUCUAGUUGUUCAUUGAUAGUUUAUAAUUAUGUAUGUUCUUCUAAUAUCAAAGAUUCUUUCUUUUUUGGAUGAUGAUGAUGAUGAUUGGAAAUAUGAUUGAUGGUUUAUUGCUUUGUUUGUUUAUAACCAUUGUGUUUUCAUACUAAAUUGAAUGAUAUAAUCUUAUGUUUGAAAUAGAAAGGUCAUAGAAAUGCCAUAAUCUCUGUGAUGUGUGUAAUUCUUAUCCUUUACAAUUGGCUUAGUAACAACUAUUCUCUUAUAUAUAGGUUUAUAUACAUUCGAACACAUACAUACAUACAUACAUACACACAUAUAUAUAAUGCGGUCUAUUUUUAGAAGUUUACCCAAAAGUUUCUUGUUCCAACUACAGAAAAAAAGAGGCAAAAACAAAAAGAAAAAGAAAUAAACAGAAUUAGUAACUAUGCUGAGGAUACUGUUUUGUGAUUGGCUAAUUAUUUCAGGUAUUCUAUUCUCUAUAUUAUACAUUAAGUGAACAAUCUAUUUUUGGCUGAAGUUUUCUUUUCUUUCACUUAACACAUGAAUAUUUACAUAUGACAUAAUAAGUAGAAAACAAAGAAGAAGAAGAAGAACAGAAUCAUGAAACAUUCUCUUUAUUUUAUUUGUUAAUAUGAUUCUUUUAUUUAUUAUGUUUUUCUCUUUUUUUCUUUUCUUUGUUUAUGGAACUAUUCUAUGAAAAGAGUUUUAUUCCACUAUGACAUAAUUCAUAUGCUUAUUGUGUUGAAUUGAUUCGAUGGAUUCAUUUUGCCUAGAAAUUGCUUAUCUAUUUAUAGUACUGUAUACAAUACAUGUCAUAUAUGGAUAGGAUUGUUUAUCUUCUGAUUCAUUUAAUCUACUGAACUAUCUAAUUCAUUGACUGUUGAAGGAAUGUUUUUUUUUUCUUAGUCACCAAUCAGAAUGUUGCUUUUAUAGAAGAUGUUGAUGAGAUUGAAUCAAAAAUAUAAUAAACAAUGAAUAUACAUCCAUAGCUAGUUAUAUUAUAUAAUAACAAUUAUGAUUAUUAUUAUUAUUGUUACUAUGUGCCUUCUCAGCCAGUGGUUUGUUUUUCUAUCUUUUUUUCGUUUUCUUUUCAUAAUGUAUCAUGUAUAUUUUUUUUCUUUAAACCAAUCAAUCAAUCAAUAAAUCGAUUUGUUGAACUCUGAUAAAAAGUUUUAAAAAAAAAAGAACAAAAGAAAAGAAACUUUACAGAUCAACAAUUCAUACAGUUUAUAUUUAUUUACCCCCCGCCCACUUGCCGCCCUCCCCCAAAAAAACGAAACUGUAAUCUAUAAAAGAAGAAACAAAAAAGAAAGAGAAAAAGGAUAAAGAGAAAACACUUUUCUGAUUAUCAUAAACACAUUUAUACAAGUUGAUUGUUUAUCUAUUUACAUAUGCAUGUAUUGUAUUCUCUUCUAUAUAUGAUGAAAGAAAUUCUCAAUAACGAUUAACAUGUUGAACAGAGUUAAACAGUUUGCCUUCUUCAGAUAGUGGACUGUUUUUCUUUUUCUUCUUCUUCUUCUUCUUCUUCUGAUGAUGAUGAAGAUGAAGAUGAUAUAGUCCUAUAAUGAUUAUUAACUAUUAUUGAUCCUUUAAUGUUAUUAUUAUUAUUAUUAUUAUUAUUAUUACUAUGUUAUCAUGUAUCUUGUAAAAGACCACUUUGCUUACAUUAUCAUUGUUCUUUCUAAAGUAAUGGGUUACUUACUUAUUUACACUUUCACAAGUUGAAAUCAUGAGCCAAUUGAAGCUAGACCACCAUGGAAAACCUGGAAGCAGUGGACGGCCGUUUCGUCCUAACAUGGGACUCCUCAGCAGUGCGUAUCCAAGAUCCCGCACCCAGCAGGGUUCGAACCCAGGAUCUACUGGCUUCGCGCGUGAGCACUUAACCACCAGACCACUGGACCGGUAUCCAGCGGUGGUCUAGCUUCAAUUGACUCAUCAUUUCAACUUGUGAAAUUUCUAAAAAUCUCCACAAAACCCAUUCUGAUUAUUUACACUUGUUACACCUCGUGGAAGAGUAUAGGUCAACUACCAGCAUUAUUUAUCCGAUUCUGUCCUUGGCAAUCCUUUCCAGUUGUUAUUAAUCCUUUUCAUGUCUGUUCCCAAUUCUAGACAUAGUGUGUUCUUCAGUCUUUCUCUUUUUCGUUUCUCUCCAAGAUUUCAAGUUAGCGUUUGCUUUGUGAUGCAGUCUGAUGAUUUCCUCAAUAUGUAUCCCAACCAACUCCAACGUCUUUUCUUGAUUUCCUUUUCAACUGGGAGCCGGUUUGUUCUCUCCAACAGUAGACUGUUGCUGAUAGUAUCCAGUUAACGGACAUUCAGUAUCUGUCCUCGAUAAUCCUUUUCAGUUCUUUCCGGUUCCCAUCCAUCCUUUUCAUGUCUGUUUCCAAUUCCAGGUGCAUUGUGUUCAUUAGUCUUCCACUUUACCUUUUCCCUUCAAGAUCUCAAGCAAGCGUUUGCUUCGUGGUGCAAUUGUUUUUCACUUGAGAGUUGAUUUGUUCUCUUCCACAGUAGGUUGUUGCAGAUGGUUUCAAAGUUGUGAAUAUUUAGGUAAUAUGCAUCAAGAAAUAAAUAUCAGCUACAGAAGAUGUACUAGACUGACUAAUUUAUAAUUUGAUACUGACUGCGCCCAAUGUUGUUUAACUGUGGUGAUCGGACAAGAAAGUCCUACUCACUUCCUUCUCGUAAAGGAGGUGCUAUUUACGAAAUCGAGAGGACCAAAUGCGAAUGUCCAGAGCUUUAAUUAAGUUGGAUCAUGCCUUUAGGUGGAAGGCCCCGAGUGUUGACCCCUAACAAAGCCACCUGGUUCGGUCUGGGCACCCGGGCAGUAUCACAGCCCAGACACAGAUCAAGUGAUUUGUUUGACGCAUAUGUAUUGGGUUCGCCUUUAUACCGAUAUAAAAAUCAGAAUACACGAGACAGCUAUUUCAUCAUAAUAUCAAACUUCUCAGAAUCCUCAAUGAGAUUGAAAUUAAAACUAACGCUAACAAUAUCAGAACUAUAAGAAACAACUUUUGUAAACAUACAUUUAAUUGGAAAAUUUCACUUCAUAUUACCGCUUAAUAUUUGAAUAGAGAAUAUAAAUAAACUACGAAAGAUUUAUAUGCAAAGAUGGACAGUAACUAGCAGUGGAAUCCAGUUUGAUGCACAUUUCGUCCUAUUCGCGACUCAUUAGCUGAGUGGACCUGCAUCUCAGAGUUGAUAUUCACUGUGGGACUUGAACCCAGCACCGUUCGCUAUCACGACUCAGUAGCUAAGUGGAUAACGUGAUGGCGUUCGAAGCGAAUGGUACUGGGUUCGAGUCCCAGAGUGAACAUUAACUGUGAGAUGCAGGCACAUCCAGCUGGUGAGUCCCAGAUAGGACGAAACACGCGUCCUGGAUUCCACUGCUAGUCACUAUUCAUCUUUGUUUGUAAAAGCUUUUGAAUUAAGGCAAUAUCGAGGCAAUAUGCACAGUAUGCACGAAUGCCAAUAAGAGACUGAUCAAUUGCAGUCUUAAAACCUCAAUGGGAAAAUACAAGCCAGACAAUAUCAAGUGAAUAAUAAAGCUUUACUGACUCUAAAUGAUAAUGAUUACUGAAUCGUUAGUAACUUUUUAUUCCUGUUUCCAAUAACCCAAAAUGUAAUAGAACACAAAAUAGUACGUAGUGAUUUUCAAAAGUGUUAUUUACAAUUGAAUGAUCAUUGGGUGGUGAUCAAUGUCAUGUAUGUCAGGUCCUUCUUAGUACAAACCGAAUCUUAUCGACAGAUUUGCAAUGUUUUCACGAGUCAAGAUGACUUGACAAGAAGUUAAACAUGGCCCAGAUAACUCAGUAGUAACGUCUCUAACUGCAAAACUGUCUGGGACGGCAUCGAGUCCGUCAGGAAGCAUCAAUUGCCUGAAGAUUACAGGUACACCUUGAUGACGAGUGCCAAGUAGCAUAAAACCUAGGUCGAGGGUAAGUCAGUCAAUAAAUUAAAAUUUUGUUAUGUGUCAAAUAUAUCAAUGUUACGAAAAUAAGCAAGGAAACAAACACAAUCUAAUCAAUCUGUUGUCUGUAUUGAUUCCAUUACUAACAUGAUCCAUUUUUGUAUUGAUAUUCAUAUCCGAGAAAAGUAUUUUUAAAAAGAAAAAAACACAGUCGGCAACAAAACAAAGAGGAGUGUGGGGGUGAGUGAAUGAGAUAGCAACUAAUAGAAUUGAAUUCAUUAUUCUCAUUAAUGGAUAUAAAUAAACAAAAUAUGUAGAGAGAGGGGGAGAGAGUGAACCUUCUUUUUUUCUCUAAAAAAAAAGAAUUUUAAAUAAUGUUAAUCAUUGCAAUCAAUGAGAGCAAAUGAUGAUUAUCAUUAUUCAUAAUGUGUGUGUGUGUAUAUUGUUUAUUGAUGAACUAGAUCAAACAUGUCAGAUCUUAAAUCUUUCUUCAUUUUGUGCUAUUUACCUUUAUUUUUUUAUUUUGA